UACUGAAUGUAUAUUCCAUAGAACCCUGCCUCCUGACACAAUAUCCUGUAUCUGCCAUAGAGCCCAAUGCUGCUUAUCACUAACAAUGAACAUAAUCAUUUGAUCAGAGAUAGGACAAUAACUAAACAACAUUAUUUAUGAAGUUAACCAGAUCUCAUUGGUGCCCACAGUCCCUACAUGAAGGAGGGUUGAGUGACAGGAGAAAUCUGAUUGGUCCUGUUUGUUCUGUAUAUAGUGAUGUAGUCUACCACACAGAACUCACCUCUCUGUUUUACACCAUAGUCUCAAGUUCAGAGUAUUUACAACAUGAGACCCAGGAGGACAAGCUGAAGAGGGAGGCAUCAGCUGGUGAGCUUGAGUUGAAGAUGGAAAAAGAAUUAAAAGAGAAUGAUAUGACCCAGGAAGUGAGAGAGAAAGAGAGACUCCUGGGGGAGAAGAACCAGAUAAUGGGACAGAGGGAGAAACUAUUAGAAGAGAAAGAAAACCAACUGGAAGAGAAAGACAAGCAACUAAAGGAUAGAGACAUUCAACUAGAGACACUGAGAAAGAACCUGCAGGACAAGAACAGCCAAGUAGAGAACUUCAGAAUCCUACUGCAGGAAAAAGACCUUCAACUAGAGGACAGACACAAACUGGGAGAGAAGGACAGACUACUGGAAGAGAGAGAUAAACAGCUGGAAGAGAGAGAUAAAGUACUGGAGGGAAAAGAAAACGAACUAAAAGAGAGGAGACAGGAACAAGAAAAGAAAGAUAACCUACUAGAGGAGAGAGAGAAGCAGUUAAAGGAAAGAGACAAACAGCUGGAGGAUGUCAACAAUGAAAAUGCUGAACUGGAACCUGGAGAGACGUCAGAUACAGGUUCCAUACUCCCAGUCAGGAGGAGACACAGCAAGGAGCUUCCUCCAGACAUGGGAGGAGAGACCUCAGAUACAGACCCCACACUUCCACUGAGGAGGACAAACAGCAUGGAGUUAAAUCCUCCAGAGAUGGGAGGAGAGAGCAGCAGUCCAGACUCCCCAGUGUCUCCCAGUGUGUCUGAGCUGAGACUGGUGCUGCUGGGGAGGACUGGGGCUGGGAGGAGUGCAGCAGGAAACACCAUCCUGGGCAGAGAGGCGUUUGGGGCCCAGGCCAGCCCCUCUGCAGUGACCCAGAGGAGUAAGAGGAGAGAGGGGGAUGUGUGUGGGAGACGGCUGGUGCUGGUGGACACUCCAGAAUGGUUCUGUCCUGGACUCUCUCUGGAGGAGAUGAGACAGGAUGUGGGGCUCUGUGUCCGUCUGUCUGCCCCGGGACCCCACGCCUUCCUCCUGGUCAUACCAGUGGAGCCCUCUAAGGGGGAUGAGAGAAGGGUAAUGGAGAGAAUAGAGGAGAUGUUUGGGGAGGGUUGUUGGGAACACACUGUGAUUCUAUUCACCCAUGAUGAUGGCCUGAAAGAGCAGAGCAUUGAGGAGUUUCUCCAAGCAGGAAGUCAGGACCUCCAGCAGCUUGUAGAGAAGAGUGGGAGCAGGUACCACGUCCUCAACAUUAAGGACAGGGCCCAUGGCACUCAGGUAUCAGAGCUGCUGGAUCAGGUAGAGGAGAUGGUUGCAGGAAACAGAGAGAGAUUCUACAGCAGUCAGACCUACCAGGAGGCAGAGACCCAGGUUAGAGAGAUGGAGGGAAAGAUCCAGAGAGAGAGAGGAGAGAGGAAACAGAGGGAGGAGAGAGACUUGAGAGAGAGGCUUCAGAAGGAGAUGCAGGAUUCUCUGAUAAAGAUAGAGGGAGUGAUCCAGGAACAUGAGGGAGAUAUCAGAACACUCAGUGAAAGAACCAGUGAACUGGAGAGACAGGUGAAAGAAGAGAGGGAUGAGGAGAAGAAAAUAGAACUGGAGAGGGAGCUGAAGAGGGAGUCUGAUAGGAGGGAGGAGAUGGAGAGAAAGAUGGAGAGAUUUAGAGAGAAGACAGAGAAUGAGAGGAGGGAGAUGGAGGAGAGACACAGACAGGAGAUAGAGAUGAUGGAGAACUAUGAAGGAGAGGCCAGAGUUGAAGCAGAGAGAAACCUGAUGAAGAUAGUCCUACCUGAGUUACAGAGGAACAUGAUGAUCUCACAGACAAAGAUGCAGAGGGAGUUCAGCAGACAGAUGGAGGAGAAGAAUAGACAGAUGGAGGAGAAGAAUAGACAGAUGGAGGAGAAGAAUAGACAGAUGAAGGAGAAGCAUAGACUUAUAGAGGAGAAGGAUGGAGAAAUGGAGAGACUAAGACAGAACUUGAAAGAGGUCAGUGAAGCUCACUCAGUGUUGGAGGGGAGACUGCUGCAAGAGGGGAGAGGUCAGAGGGCACUGAUAGGGUUGUUGGGCUGGGUCAGGAGAAACUCAUCAAGUUGGCUUCUCCACAAUCUGACAUGAUUCACCAUCACCGUCUAUGUGUAGAACCAGACCAGGUCUACUGUCCACUGUACCGUGGUGAGUGACAGAGAGAAUACAGUAGACGGCACACGUCAAAUGUGUGAUUUAUGACCCUAUUUUAUGGGUCACGUGUGUAUGCCCAUAUAUGGACAUCCUGCAGGACAUCCUGCCUUCCGUUGUCACGCUCUCUAGGGAGUGCCCAUAUAUGUACGUUCUGUCAGGAAGUUCUCACACUAUCGAGUGAGUGUUUAUUUAACCAGAUAGUGCAUCUGUUCCUUUGAAGUAAAGCUGUCAUGAUGAUUGAUAUGUAGUGACCUCGUUGAACUGGGGACUGUGUUUGAACAUUUGAAAGAGUAUGGCCUCCCCUGUUGUAGUGAACUUAGGGCUGUUGUAUAUGACAACAGUAAUGCCCGGGGGUAUUGGACAGCCGCACUAUAAGUAGGCGCUGUCUACACUACAAUCGACCUCAAUAAACCCCAGAACGCUAAAGAAAUGAAACAUGUAUUUUGUGAUCAGUGAAACACACGUGAUGACAGUAACAACAGAAGCAGGACCUCGGUUAAAACAUCGAGAAAGGGAAGAGUAUAAAGCAACAAUAUACGAAGCGCCCAAAAAAGCGGUUU